AUGGACGAAGAGGCAGAUGACUCCGAGGAGGCAAAGAGGAAGCGCCCAGAUAUUACCCUCCGGAGAACGCUGAGGAAGGACAAGGAGACAUCCGUGGUCCAGACGGGAUGGAAGUUCCUCUGCCAGGAACGCGGCAUAAGAGAUCGGAUCGAGGAGAUCAUUCCGGAGGUGACCCGCAUCCGAGUCGAGACAUGCCUCUUUCUCAACCUCCACUUCAUCCGCCUCCUGGAUGAGGGACGGCCCAUACCCGUCAUCGACCAGAACCUGGUCGGACGCGCGAUGCAGUGUACGUACUCUAAGAAGCCGCAAGCAGACCCAGACCUCCACGAAACAUUCGUCCACCACUACCUCCCCCUCUGCCCCAACCGUCCGAACAACAGCUGUCUCCCUCGCAUCGCCAACAUCCUCCUGGAGCUCCGCAACCAACUCCUCUGUAACAUCAAGAAUCACGUCUCUGUCCUCUUCCAGUCACGACACAGGGCCUUCGUGAAGCUACUCCUGCUAGAGGCUUCUCCAGAUGUGCCAUUCUUCGGGGACGCGGACGAGGAUGUGGAGUCGUGCACCCGGCUGCUGACGACCGCCACGUUGUGGCGCCCGAACGAGAGCGUCCGAGAGCUGCUGCCGGAGUACCCCCGUAUUCGUGGGAGGAUCUCAGAGGCUGCCAUCGAGUGCCUGCAGGGUCUGGUCGACUCCAUCAGGCCUGAGGUCGGGCCGCUGCCUGCGGCGCCCCAGAGCAGACCUCACCUCUACGUGCCCUGGAUGAGGAUCAUCAGCGAGGAGUUCUCGGACCGAGAGCUGCGGUCAUUCUCCCUCGUGCCUCAUGCCUCCUUCUCUGCACCUUUCAUCGCGAUCACUCCUACCACAUGGCUCGAGCUGCAGCCCAAGAGCGGCAAGAGAAAGGCUCCGGGAGAGCUCCGCGAUGCUUUUCCGUCCAUCGGACGGCUGGAGAGCGGUGGGAAGACCUUCGCGGAUCGGAUCACCACGGACGGAGUGUCCGCAAGCAUGUACUUCUUGGUGGAGAAGAGGACGCCCCCUCCGGAGGACCGAGCGGUGCAUAUACACCCCAAGCAGCGCGUGGUGGGAUUGGACCCAGGAAAGCAUCCCGACUUCCUCACCGGCAUCGCCGUGACCGGCGAUUGGGACGGAAUCGAGCGCCAGGAAGAGAUCAUCAGCCUGGGGACCAGGGACUUCUACCACCGAGCGGGAUUCAAGAAUCGGACGUUCCUCAUGCACACCUGGAUGUCCAGAGACCUGGAUGUGGCAGCCUUCAACGAGAAUGCUCCUUCGGGGAACACCUUGAGCCUGGAGGACUUCGGGAAGAGGGUGUCCUUCAUCUGUGCGAACUUGUACGUCCUGGUACGCUUUCACACCGCGAGGAGGGUCCGAAAGCUUAGAAGGCGAGUGACGAUCAAGAAGCAGAUCGAGGUGGACAGAGCCUGCAAGAAAAUCACGGCAGGGAAAAAGACCGUGGUGGCUCUUGGUGCAGCACAGGUGGGUGCGGGCAGGACCAAGAGGCAGUGUGGUCCAUGCGAGUCGGUGAAGAGGCGACUCAGCAGCCACCACAAGGCGACGGUGGUCAUGAUAGAUGAGUUCAGGACGAGCCAGGUGUGCAGCACGUGCCACUCGGACGUAGGCAAGUUCGCCGUGCUCAAGAGGCAGCGGGUGACGGAGGAUGGGAUCCAGACGGUGACCGAGGGAGGGGGUCGAGAGGACGAGGACGGACGAGGGAGGACGAGCUACAAGACGUGCCACAACGUGCGAGCCGAGGAGUUCUCGGACCGCGAGCUGCGGUCUUUCUCGCUGGUGCCUCACGCCUCCUUCUCGGCACCUUUCAUCGCGGUGACUCCCACCAUAUGGCCCGAGCUGCAGCCCAAGAGCGGCAAGAGAAAGGCUCCGGGAGAGCUCCACGAUGCUUUUCCCUCAAUCGGACGACUGGAGAGCGGUGGGAAGACCUUCGCAGACCGGAUCACGACGGACGGAGUGUCCGCAAGCGUGUACUUCUUGGUGGAGAAGAGGACGCCCCCUCCGGAGGACCGAGCGGUGCAUAUCCACCCCAAGCAGCGCGUGGUGGGAUUGGACCCAGGAAAGCAUCCCGACUUCCUCACCGGCAUCGCCGUGACCGGCGACUGGGACGGAAUCGAGCGCCAGGAAGAGAUCAUCGACCUGGGGACCAGGGACUUCUACCACCGAGCGGGAUUCAAGAAACGGACGUUCCUCAUGCACACCUGGAUGUCCAGAGACCUGGAUGUGGCAGCCUUCAACGAGAAUGCUCCUCCCGGGACCACCGUGAGCCUGGAGGAGUUUGGGAAGAGGGUGACCUUCGUCGCUGCGAACCUGUACUGUUUGGUACGCUUUCACACCGCGAGGAGGGUCCGAAAGCUGAGGCGGAGAGUGACGAUCAAGAGGCAGAUCGAGGUAGACAGAGCUUGCAAGAGGAUCACGGCAGGGAAGAAGACCGUGGUGGCUUUCGGGGCCGCACAGGUGUGGGCGGGUAGGACCAAGAGGCAGUGUGGUCCGUGUGAGUCGGUGAAGAGGCGCCUCAGCAGCCAUCACGGGGCGACGGUCGUCAUGAUAGACGAGUACAGGACGAGCUAG